AUGGGUGUCGCCACGGGGGCUCCGGCCUCGGCCUCGGCCUCGUCCUCGGCCACCCUGGGGCCCUGGGACUACGGGGUGUUCGGCGUCAUGCUGCUGGCGUCGGCGGGCAUCGGGCUGGGCGUGGGGCUGGCGCGGGGCGGCCAGCGGGACCCCGACGACUUCUUCACGGGCGGCCGGCGCCUGCGGGCCUUGCCGGUGGGGCUGUCGCUGGCCGCCAGCUUCAUGUCGGCAGUGCAGGUGCUGGGGGUGCCGGGCGAGGCGCUGCGCUUCGGCCUCAAGUUCCUCUGGAUGUGCCUGGGCCAGCUGCUCAGCUCGGGGCUCACGGCCGCCUGCUUCCUGCCCGUCUUCUACCGCCUGCGGCUCACCUGCACCUACGAGUACCUGGAGCUGCGCUUCAGCCGCGCAGUGCGACUCUGCGGGACCCUGCAGUACCUGCUGGCCACGGUGCUCUAUACCGGCAUCGUGAUCUACGCCCCGGCUCUCAUCCUGAACCAGGUGACCGGCCUGGAUAUCUGGGCGUCCCUCUUGUCCACCGGAGCCAUCUGCACCUUUUACACAACUGUGGGCGGCAUGAAGGCCGUGGUCUGGACCGACGUGUUCCAGGUGGUGGUGAUGCUCGCCGGUUUCUGGGCCAUCCUAAUCCGGGGCACCGUGGUGAUGGGGGGCCCCACGCACGUGCUCGAGCUCCUUCGGAACCACUCACGGAUCAACGUGAUGGACUUCGACCCGGACCCCCGGAGCCGGUACACCUUCUGGACCUUCCUGGUGGGGGGCACGCUGCUGUGGCUGUCCAUGUAUGGGGUGAACCAGGCGCAAGUGCAGCGCUACGUGGCCUGCCGGACGGAGACGCAGGCCAAGCUGUCCUUGCUCAUCAACCAGCUGGGCCUGUUCGUGAUCGUGUCCAGCGCGGCCGGCUGCGGGAUGGUCAUGCUCGCCUUCUACGCUCACUGCGACCCUCUCCGCGCCGGGCGCAUUUCGGCCCCUGACCAGUACAUGCCCCUGCUGGUGCUGGACAUCUUCGGGGACCUGCCCGGGGCCCCGGGGCUCUUUCUGGCCUGCGCCUACAGCGGCACACUCAGCACGGCAUCCACCAGCAUCAACGCGAUGGCCGCCGUGACCCUGGAGGACCUGCUCAAGCCGCGCCUGCGCAGUCUGGGCCCUCGGAGGCUGCUGCUGGUGUCCAAGGGGCUAUCUCUCCUCUAUGGCUCCGCCUGUCUCACCGUGGCCGCCCUGUCCUCGCUGCUGGGGGGCGGCGUGCUCCAGGGCUCCUUCACCGUCAUGGGCGUCAUCAGCGGCCCCUUGCUCGGGGCCUUCAUCCUGGGCAUCUUUCUGCCCGCCAGCAACACGCAGGGCGCACUCUCUGGCCUGGUGGCUGGUUUGGCCUUGUCGUUGUGGGUGGCUGUCGGUGCCACCCUGUACCCACCCAGCGCACAGUCCAUGGGGGAACUGCCAACCUCAGUGUCCGGCUGUGCCCAAGUCCCUUCCAAUGGCUCCUUCUCGGAUCUCCUGAGUGCUGCUAACAUCUCCAGUGGGGACCCUAGCAGGGACGCUGCCCUGCCCGCCUUAGCAGGCAGCUUCUAUGCCAUCUCCUACCUCUAUUACGGUGCCCUGGGGACUCUGGGCACGGUGCUGUGUGGUGCCCUCGUCAGCUACAUGACAGGUCCCACCAAGCGUGCCGCUGUGCGUCCAGGGCUGCUGUGGUGGGAUCUCCACAGAGGGGCAGCUCCCGGGGACCCACAGCAAAGAGCAGCUGCACUGGAGGAUGGAGCUUUGGUGAAGGCCACGGAGAAGAUACUGACCCUUGGGGCCGAGAAUGCCCCCGAACCCCUGCCCGCCUGGGAGGACCAUCCACUCGUCCAGCAGGCGCACAGGGCGGGCGCCAGGACCCCGCGCCCACCAACUUGCGCUGCUCCCGACCUGCGGGAGACGAACCUAUGA